GUGCCUGUUUGAUGCUCCUGUUCAUAGCUGAAGUCACUGCGUGUACAAGCUGAGCGAGUCACGUACAUGGCAUGCAUUGAAACACACACACGCACACACACACAAACACAGAGAGAGAGACAGAGUCAGAGUCAGUCGACGCUAGAGUCAGUCAGACGGGGGGAAAAUCCAGCCGGUCGGCUGGGAAUCUAAUCCAUCCCAUCCCACUCACUCACCCACACGCCCCUCGUCCCCAUCCAUCCAUCCAUCCGUCCACCACACCGCCCGCAACCACCACAAAUACGAAAAAGUCCACAUCAGCCACACACACAUCCCUCCCGAGUGUGCCGAACAUGGGAUGGAAGGACGGGGAGAGCAGUGCCGCGGAACAGAUGGCUGUUGUCAGUGAGUCAGGCGGUCGUGGCGUUUGGUGCCUCUGCUGUCGGCUGCGUCGUGGCCUGGCCGUUGGCAGUGGCCACAGGCGCAGGCGCAGGCGCAGCGCUGGGUGCCGUGGGGACGGUUGGCACCGUGUAUGUGGCUGUGGUGGCUGGGUAUGCAGCAGCAGCGACGCCGGCUGGGACGGUUGUCUGUUGCUGGUGGCCGGCCACUUGUGCUGCAGCCGCCUGCUGCUGCUGCUGUUGCUGCCCCGCCAUGCCGUACAUGUCAUACAUGCCCGCCCACGCACCAUAACCGCCCGCACCGUAACCAAAGCUCUGAACACACACACGCGCAACACGCAACACAUCCAUCUCUCCUGCCGUCCAGUUUGUCUCUCUCUCUCCUUCGGCUUACCGCGUAUGGGUUGUAUGUGUAUGGAUCGACCGGCGUCGCCGUGGUGCCAGUGGCUGUGGCCGCCCCACCGCCACCCGCCCCCGCCACCCCCACCCCUCCCACAGCGGCGGGCAUCUGCCCCACCUGACCCCACGCCUGCGCGCUGCCCCUCAUCGGCCCAUACCCCAUGGAGCCCAUGGCAGCCAUACCUGCCGCGGCGGGCAUGCCUGCAGCCGCCAUGCCGGCCAUGGGUAUGCCCCCCGCAGCGUAGGGCAUGUAAGGCAUCGUGCCGUAGGGCAUGGCUGCUGCGCCGUACGGCAUCAUCAUGGAUGCGGUGGCGGGGCUGCUGUACGAGUAGUCGGUGUCGGGACGCUUGGGGAUGCGCACGCCGCGGGAAAUGAGAUCGUGGAUCUUGGAGUCGCGGUUGCUGCAUUGCACAUGAGAUGAGUGAGAAGACGCCCAUGGAUCGGCCCCUGUGUGGUGUGUGUUGGGUUGCUUUGCUUGGUUACAGAGAGCGGGACGGCUGGUUUGAGAACUGCACGUCCAGCAACACGCCAUUGAAAUUGAAACCUGAUGGCAAGGCAAGGCAAGGCAAGGCAAGAUGGAUGGAUCGAUGGACGGGACCAACGCACAGACACACACAAUCAGCGCAAUCAGCAAGGAAGCACACCCACUCUCCCGCGUAUUGUAUUGCUGCGCGUCUCAUUGUCUGCGCCCAGGAGCUCACCGUUGAGUCCUUUGAGGGCCUUCUCCGCAUCGCGGAGGUCGAAAUACUGGACGAACUUCUCACUGACACAUACACCCCACACGACACAACACAACUUUUACCUUACCACAGCCGUCCUUUCUAUCUCCGCUUCUGCUGUGUGUGUGCGCUUACGCCUCUCUCUUUCUGUUGGGCGUGACUUUCUUGACGGCCCCGAAGGCGGUGAAGAGCUCCCGGUACUGCUCCACCGAGUUGAUGUCGAUGAAGUUGCGGUCCGCAGUGGCGGGACGCACAAACAAUGUGCCCUGGAGACAGACAGCACAACACACACAGAGGAGAUGUCGGUCGGUCGGUCGGUCGGUGUCCCAGGCUGACCUGGUUCUCCUCACGCCCCCCGUCAGGCCUUCCCGAAGAGAACUGCGCGUCUAUCUGCACACAUCACACACAGAGAGACAGACGACAAGCGAGGCAACACACGUGAGACAAGCAAGGUAGGAGUCAAAGGAGCACGAAGCAAGUCACUCCACUCAUCCACUCACAAACACACGGGCAGACGGAAUCGGGCGGUCAGGCAUGGAGUGUCGUGCUCGGUGUCGUGUCUUGAGCUGGGCUGAGCUGUUCUCCUCCUGUCGAUCGCCGUGUGUGCCCCCCACCGUGCCCUGCCCGUGUCAUCAAGUACGUGCUGUGUCUGCCGUGCCGUGUGAGUGUUCCGCCAUUCGACCCGUCAAUUCACUCAGGCAGUGGACGUGCUCCGUGUUGUGUGUGUCGUGGGGUGUCGUGGCCGCUCGCUGUGGUGCUGUGCUGUGGUGUGCACAGUGAGUGCUACUUGACCUUCGAUGUUGUUCAAGCAGCAAGGAAGGAAGAAAGGAACAAGGAGCGACUGCUCGACUUGACCCGACUCGACUCGACUCGACUCGAUUGACGGCUGGGCUGUUCCGCUCCGUGGUGAUGUCAGCUCAGCUCGCCACCCACAGCCACACGCAUGCACCCUCUCCCCCCGGCAGAUUCGCACAUACCGAUUUGCCGCCGAACUCCUUUGCCUUCAGACCCUUGCGGGCCUCCUCGGCUGCACGGAGGUCAAACUGAAGCAUCGAACGCCACACACACAAACAACUUGGCAUGGGUGCGUGUCUGUGUCUGUGUGUCUCUCUGCGUGUGUGAGGUGGCUUACGUAUUCGAUGAAGGCCAUGCCUUUGGUCGAGAUGUUGAUGAAGUUCUUGAUGUCGCCCCACUCCUCGGCGGCCUUCCUGAUCUCCUCGUCGCUCACGUCACUCGGCAU